AUGGAUCAUGGCAAUCGUGAUUCACAACAAGCAAAUAAUCAAACGUUAGCAUCGUGGCUGCCUGUGUUGGCUAUAUUUUUUAUUUUGAUAGUUUUGGGAAUCAUUGCUGGAGUAGUUGUCCUGUCAUUACUUAGCUUAUAUUUACCGAACAAGGCAGACAAUAUGGUCAUCAAUCACAACAAUAAUGUGAUAAGAACCAUAGACAUGGCCCUUGCUACUAGUCUGGACGUUAAUAACAUAUUCAAUGUUGGUAAUUAUGAUUCAAUCGGUAAACAAUUGGAACAAUAUCUUGGAUAUUCAUCUUCAGUACUAAAUGUUCAGUGGGCUGCUUUUAGUAGCAAUACAUUGACAGCUAGUACUAGUAAGAAGAAAAAACGAGAAAUAAGUGAUGUGCCUUCAUGCACCAACGGCCUUGCUGGAACGAACAACAGUGAAAAAAAAAGUGCUAAUUUAGGUCUCACAAUCCGUAUCAACAAGUGCCCACAAAGUCAAUGCAACAGUGACCAUUGUGUAGAAAAAUGUUUACAUGUCAUAAAAGUUGAUAUUCAGAACAAACUUGGUUCAAAUCCUUUCUCAUUCAGUAUCACAGCAGUUGAUGGAAAUGUUCAUUCAAUUUCUAGUCAACUUUGCUCUUUCCAACAACCUGUUGCAGGUAUAGAAAAAAUAUCUUGUUAUCGAAAUAAUUUUCGAAGUUGA